GAUUAAUAUGGUUCUUUAUUCCCCCAUUUUCUUCAGAAACCCUUCAUCCUGCCAACAGUUACCAGUCAAAUGUGUUCUGUUUUUGCUGAUUGGAUCAAUACGGGUCUUUAAAUUACCAUUUUGUGGAUAGUUUUUAUAAUAUUUUCACGUUCACUAUGGCAAGCUUCAUAAUGUUUCAGCAUAUAAAUGGGAUGGCGCAAAUAAAGAGAGCAAAAUUUGGGGUAGUUGAUAUGGACUUCAUUCUGGGAGUUGGAGGCUAUGAUCUUGAUAGAAUUGAUUCAGAAGUUCAGUCAGAAGGCUCUCAUUGCAAGCAUCACCAUAAAGAUGACAAUGAACAUCACAAAGGGCACCAUCAUGAUCACGUGCAUGAUUCGGCUGUGACCAGCGUCAGCAUCGUUUCUGAGGGAACCUUAGAUUUAGAUGAGGUUGAUGACUGGCUGGAAAGACUCCUAGAGGAAAAAGGUGAUGACCUAUACAGGAUGAAAGGGGUUUUGUCUGUGAGUGGUUCUGAACAACGAUAUGUAUUUCAGUUAAUGCAAAGCGACAAUGGAGGGGUGGUUCCGAAUUGGGGUUUGCUUGGUUUGUAAUUCAACAAAUCUGCGCAUUCAUUACGCAUUUCUAAAUCUCUUGUUCAUUUUUAGGGUGUGCAUUCCGUUUUAGAUGGCUGCCCAGGAAAGAAUUGGGAUCCAGAAGAGAAAAGAAUAAACAAGCUUGUCUUUAUAGGCCGAAACCUUGAUGAAACUGCACUGAGGAAAGGUUUCAAAGGAUGUUUAGCAUGAGUUCAAGCUGCUUGCUUUUUCUCUAUCUAAUAUAUUAUACAAUCAACACAGACUGUCAGGUAUUAGUCUCUCAAAAAAGUUGAACGCGGAAACAGUGGGUUGGCUACUCAAAAACUCCUACUUCUGUAGGUCACUUUGACCAUCACCUUGAAAAGGGAAAGCUUUGUUUGGAAAUCAGCAUUUCCACCAAAAUGCUGUAUGAAGAUGCUGCAUUUUUUAGUGUUUAACAUCUUGAAUGCGCAAAAUGCCAUUCUUAAUUUAAGACAAUUGCGAUGGGGACUAAUUUAAAUCCUAAUUAGCCAGAUGGGGUGGGGUGAGGGUCCUGUUUUUAAGGAAGCGGGACAUAAAUACCAUGGAUCCUAGUUCUGUUUAAUGUUUAUAGAAAUGAUUGUUUUUAAGGUAAAUUGGUGAUCGGCACUGGUUCAAAAUCGGGAUGGUUAUUCACCCUUUAUUGCAAUUGUGUACAACUAUAUCUAAACUGAAUGCUUAGUGUUACGACCAAGGCCGCAACACUAGGAUCCCCAUUGAUAAAAUAAUUACUUUGUCCCAAUUUAUGCGCCUUUUUAUGCAUACUUUGAAAUACAUCAGACACCAAGAAUACCACAUACUUCUUUUAUGCAUACUUUGAAAUAUCAGAAGUUAUGGACUCAUACUCGUUAUGUAAUUGGCCUAACAACUCUAGGGAGGUGCGAGCCCACACCAAGGAGCAUGUACGCUCGGGGCAAAUAGGCUCGAAGCCAUAAUAUGGCCAUGUGAGCACCUGAUGCUCUGAAGGUAGGCUCAACAGGGGUUCAGCCUUAAUCAAUCACCAUGACCAAGUGGUGGCCUAAAUUCCAUGUGUUGAGUCACUUUACAUUACUUUUAUCCAUGUCAAUAUUGUAUGAUCAACUCUAACCAUGAAAUUUUGCCCGUCAUAUAUGCUUUUUUUUGUACCAAAAUGCAACAAUAUUAGUAGCUAAGACACUAUUUAUGCAUUGUACCCAUCUAAAGAAAGUUUUUAUUCUUGUAAUAUGACUAAUAAAUAAGUUAUAUUUGGUAAAGAAAACAUACUCAGUCUUAUUUUAAAACUUUAUCUAUAUAUUAUUAAUUUGUGAGCAUUUUAAUUUUUGGAGUAGAGGACUGGGCAGCAGGACCCCUCUAGCUAUUGCAGAAAACGUAUACAAAUGGAAGAGAUUAAUCGAAUUAAAGCAUGCAUAUCUAUAGCGGCGGCUACUAACUGAGUUACGUUCUUUGAAACUCCAAAAAGUGAAGACCCGGCCAGGGCCAGGGCUGUUUGGGAGGAGGGUUCGUUGUCUCUUGCAAUAUAAUGUCAAACUUUUCCCCUCAAUUAUUACUUCUUUUUUCUUGUAUAUGGAGAGAAAGCCAUAUAUAACGGGAGAUCAUCUUAUCUAUCAGAUGCAAAAGGAAAGUUGGGGAUCUAGAUAAUGUAUGUAUAUAUGGGAAACUAAUUGUGGUAUAUAUUAUUGCAUAUUUGUAUUCAAACUGCCAAUAUUUAUUUCUUGCAAGGUUGGCUCAAUAGACAAUUGCACUACCAAUGAUU